GGAAAGAGUUUCCAUUGGUGUGAUCCCCCUACUCCUUUUGUGUGGGGUUUUUCCAAGGUGUUUCUCUUGUUCCGUCUUCCAGUGUUAAAUUACCUCGGACUUGUCGCUUUUACACCUGCUGAAACUCUCUGCGGUAAAGUAGGAAAAGUCGAGUCAAUAUAGUCAACUCGCGUUGUGAUGAUGUGAGAAGUCGUUAAUCAUCAUUUUUGGGAUUGUCGUCUUUUUCCAUAAUCAUAGUCAUUCUCCUUGAUGACGAUCAUCAUUUGAAGCUGUACAAAUGGACUUUCAUUCCAUGUCAUUAGUUCCUGAUUAUUCCAAUCAUCGCGUAUAAUAAUCUGCUUCUGUUGCUGCUGCUGCUAAUAAUACCAUUGGAAAGCUCAUUCUACUCUACCACUACAACAACAUGCACAGGAGAUGAAAUUGGAUAAAUGGUGUGCUGCUGCUGGCCAUGAACUGAGCAAACUAAGAGAAAUCCUCUCUGCAAAUACCACUCGACUGAUAAGCCCUGUUGAUUAUUGUUGUAGAUCUUAUUGCUUCUUAUUAUACGGAAACACGGCAACAAAACAAAGUAUACAUCAUCAACUGCCGUCGCCGACGAACAGCAAGUAGCAGUAGCAGCAUUAGCAAUCUUCUCUCUAUUUUCGUAUUAUUGAUCAUUAUUUAUCUAAAAUGUUAGUAUCAGUCAAGUCGAGCUAAUUCCACAGUAAUAAUAAUACGGAAUGGCUCCUGUAUUAGACGAACUGUUCGAGUAAAGGUGGAGUUUUCCAUCAUCAUAAUCAUGGGACACUGUCUUUCAAGAUAUAAAAAUUAUCACUGCAACCAUUGAUUUGACAGGGUUGUAAAAAAUUUGACAUUUACAAGGAGACUACGAUAGGAUCUUCGUAGUAUUAUCAUUCCUUAUCAUUAUUAUCGUCCACCUCUGUGAGUGGAUCUUACCUCAUCACUUUCUAUGAUGUGGACCUUUCUAACAUUCCUGUUGGGCGUGUUGACUGGGGUUGCCCUCGUGUGUGGAGGGGUGUGGUACAUUCUCUCGUUCUUUUUUAUCGACCCUGAUGCUCCCGAUGGGAAGAAUAUUAAGGAUGCAAAGCUGGGACUUCCUAAACCAGCAGAACCAACUUCUGUAACUUUUCAAUUACCACCGGCACUAGUUUCAAAGAUAAGUGAUGACUCCUUUAAAUCCAAAGAAAGCUGUUGGGCCAUCAACUUUGUGCUGUAUUUCCUAUUUCGAGAACUUCGAAAUUCAGAAGGAAUUCGGAGAUGGGUGCUAAGAAAGUUAUCUUUGGAAUUUGAAGAGUUGCUGGCUACAACGGUACUGGGGAAAUUUUUUUCCAGUAUUUCGAUUCAAAAUGUCGACGUGGGUCAAAACUUUCCUAUCCUGAGCUGGCUUAAGACAUCGAAAGUUGAGUUACACCCCGUGUUCAAAAACAUUUCUACUCUGGAUAUCCUCGUUGACUUGGAAUAUGCUGGAGGAUUUCAAUUCUCAAUUCAAGCGGAAACUCAUUUACGUCAUUCAGCCUAUCUUUCGGUGCAGUUUAAUGGAGUCAAGGGACAAGCACGCCUUCAAUUCGCAACGGAGCCUUAUGCCCAUUGGUCUUUCAGUUUUGCUGAAAAUCCCGACAUUGACAUAUCCGUCGUCUCUCAGUUGUAUGGAAAAAGUUUUAGUCACAUCACGUCCAUCAUUGCGAGCCAGCUUAAACGUUCGGUCCGCAAGAAACACACGUUGCCCAUGUACAAGAUCCGCUAUAAACCCUUCUUUACUAGAGUCGAAAACAUUAUUGCAGCCCUCGUUCCAAACUCUGCUCCACGCGCCGAAAUGAAAGGAAAUUUGACUGUGACUUUGAUAGAAUGCCGAGGUCUAAUGUCCACUCUGUUAGAUGGAAACGUUUAUUCCACUCUAGCCUUGGGGGACUUUGAUUGGGUGGCGGCAUAUGUGGAUGACAACAACGGCACCAUUUCCCUCGUGCGAGACCUUGUUUAUGUAAAAACUGAGAGAAGAGAGGCUAAUCUGGAUUUCACUUUGGGAAUGGGAAGUGAAUUCCCUGUGGUGGAAUCACUCACGUCAUGCUCUACAAAAUCCGAAUCGUCACAAGCGAAACAACAACAUCUCGAAUUUGAAGUUGGCGACGAAAUUCUUGCCGUAGAUGGAAAGAAGGUCGCAACGGUGAAGCAAUGUAUAAAGAACUUUAAGUACAGCACGUCCAUGAAAGUGAUUUGGCGAAUUAGGAGAAAACAUUACCCCACCAUGCUGCAAAAGGUAAAGGAAUCCGUAGUGCUGGAGGAAACUCCGGAGACCAACACCUCUUCAACGACUCCAACGGAGCAAGUCUCGCCAACGUCAUCGACGAAUAAUCCACUUGCACAGUCAUCCGGAAGUACUGUAGAAGCUACGACUUCAUCGUCUGUUACAACUGGUGGUAUCUUACCCCAUAAACCUAUUGGAUCUAUUGAACCCUCUGCAUCUAGCACUUCUAAUACUAGUGUUACUACUACUGCAACUAAAAAGGAGAAGAUGGAACUUCCAAUUAUUUCUACAUCUUCAGCUACACCACAGCAACCUAUAAUAACAACAACUAAUGUUGUUUUUUCUGCCUCAGACCCCAGGAGUAUCACAUUCAUACCACGUCGUCGCAGCUCGACUAUUCCUAGUCAAGAAAACACUUCUUCCGUGGUAGACUCUGGCCUCUGCUCCUCAAAUAGCGAGUCUACCACUGUGCCUGCAGAACUUAAAUCAGAACGGCCUUCAGGAUAUGGGUUUAGAAAUUCUCUUUGUGAUAGCAGACAGUGCUAUGUGGUCAGAACAGCGGACAUUGCUUGUUCUAGGGAUCCUAUCUUUACGGAACAAUUUGACUUAAAAGUUGAAGAUUCGCACCGUUUCUUAAACUUGGCAGUUUGGUCUGCAAAAAAUUCAUUGGAACCAACCACCAGUUCUAACAACACAAUCCCACCAUCAUCUAGUCCUACUAGCAGUCCUAGUAAACGGUCAAAGACUGCCCUCGCUAACCUGGCCUCUAUAACCUUCAACAACGACAGACUAAUUGGCACUCUCUCCAUCCCAAUAGCUGAUGUAAUAGCAGAGUGUUCGACGACUGGAAUGGGCUACUUUGUCAAGGACUAUUACCUCCGAUCUCCUGAUGGAAAUGCUACUGAAGCGAAGGACAACCUGAUAACGACUCACUCUGGGUUUGAGCCACACAUGUGCUACGGAAAGAUUUCUCUUUCCUUCCUAUUCAAGUCUGAUGAAGAUGUUGCUUCCAAACGUAGAGAUUCUACCGACUCUGUCUCUUCCAGUGCAUUGGCUGUUCAUCCAAUUGAAAUUGCGACGGAUGCUUUAUCGGAAACUAAUUCGAGUCCUACUGAAGAAUAUCAGAGUCAUCAAUUUGUCAGGACAAAUUUUAGAUGUGCUACCAUUUGUGAUUAUUGUAAUAAGAAGAUUUGGCUUAAAGAAGCCUUCGCAUGUCGCACUUGCCAUAUGAAAUGUCAUAAAAAGUGCAACGAUCGCUGUAUUGCCAACACCAUUUGUCGCGGAGAAGGAUUCUAUCCUUCUAUUCCGAAUUUGAGAUCUAGUCAUAUUACACCAGAAAUCAUCACGACGGGGGACGAUGAUCAAAUCACUGUUCUUGGUGAUGAUGGGAACAGUGAUAACGGAAGUCUGUCCAAUUACAGCAUGAGGAGUCUGCAACCAAGCAGUCCUGCAUCAACAUCCUCAACCCCUGUUGCGUCGAAUGGGGUACGUCGGCGAACAUUGGGUGGUCUCAUCGUGUCCGCCGUACAAAAUCGGUCCGCUCAGCUAACUAUGCGUCGGACAGGAUCCGCUACAAAUUUGCUAUCUCCUAAUCAGAACUCCAACUCAAUUUCUAAAAGUCUCCCACCUUCUCCAAAAGCUUCUCCUACAACUAGCCGAAAGGCUUCUUCUAACUCGGUCUGUGGAAUGACUCCACAAUCCUCACAAGAUAUCAAUCCUUUCGAAGUGUUAAGCGCGGGUGGGUUCGGAUCUUCUGAGGAGGACAUUAAUGCCGCAGUGGAUCAUCUCAUCCAGAAUCCGAACGAUGACUUGGUCGCAAUGGCGAAGGAGACGGGUCGUGACGUUUACAGUGAUCUAUCGCUUAGUGAACGAAAGCAAAAGCUUAACCAUGUGGUCAGUAAGAGCAACAGUAAUUCUUUCCUUGUCUUUUUUGUAACUGCACUUAUUGCCUUUUGUGCUUGGAAAUUUCUCAAUUUGUGCUGAGAUUUUAUCUGGACGAUAAUGUCAUCAUUGUGACUCUCGUGAUACUAAAUUGUUUGUAUGUAUGCAAGGGUUUGAGAUGUAUAAUUUGUAGUUCUAGCAAUUGUAAAAAAAAUUCCAGUAUUACAAUUUGUCCAGUUAACACUUGCAUGUGUUUUUCACCAGGGUAUGCUUUUUCAAUCUUUGUGUAUUUCACUUUUUGUAUAGUUAUCACAAUGUUUGGUUUGUGAUUUUUUUGUGAAUGUGAUAUAUUUAAUAAUGAUUUCUUACGUUUCGUAUUCGUAACGUAUUGCCUGAUUUAAGUUGUGAUGUUUUUUGCUCGUAUAUUUAAUAUUUAAUAUCGCGAUUAAUUCCAACGGUGCUAAUAAUUUAAAAUACGAAUAUUCCGAAAAUACCUAAAGUUAUUUGAAGUGUGAUAAUUAUCAUGUGUACUUAACUCGAUGGAGGUAUUAUUUUUAUUUAAAGCUAUCACUAUUCCACUUAGUCACCAUUACCAUAUUUACAUCAUGCAUUUUUGUUGUGAUACAUGCUCAAUUCAUUUAAUAGUCUUUCCUAAUAUUCCGACAGAAAACACGAAAUUGUGUUCUGUUUUCUUAUUUCUUGGUUUUUAUCAGAUUAUACUCGAAACCGUAAAUUGUGCCUUUCCUUCGACGUCGAUUAAUGCGAUACAAUAAAUAUUUUGAGUCAUCAUUA